AUGGAAACAACAGUAAUAGCCGACAGUUACCCAAUGAGUAUACCAGCCUACGUUGCUACUGUCAUAACGCCUAGCUUCAUCUUCAUGGCGCUAUCCUUACCGGUCAAGAGACGAAAUAUCAUUCAAGAUGCCCUGCUGGCGGUUCUAUGGUUUGCGGGUCUAGCCAUCCCCAUGUAUUAUGCAGGUCAGUUCCCCUACCUCUGCUUGAUGAGUACAUCCGUAUGGGCAUGGGCGACUUCAAUGAAGAUGGGUGUGUGGGUGUUUAGUAUGUCCAUGGAGGAGAGACGUCAACAGCCCUUUAUCUUCACUCUAUCUGACUGGAGAAAACGCAAUGUAAAUGCCCCAAAAACUCUAGAUUUACAGCCUUGUGCAACUUCAGAGUAUGUGGAUAUCAAGUUUGGAUCUUUAAUAUGGGCCCUGCUAAAGCAUGAAAUCUUAUUUGAUGUGAUUGACUUUACAUUCAAUUAUGCCGAUGCUCAACGCCCUAUCCGCGUGUUCUCUGCCUUCUUGUCCAAGAUGUUCUCUCUACUGGGCCAAACCGAAAAAGCCGCAUUACUAGCACCUGCUGAGCCCUUGACCUACGGUUGCAUUGCCAUUAGCGUCCUCAUGAGCAUGCUGUUCUGCGUCUAUAUCCAAACUCAGUUGCAGGUAACCUAUGAUAUAUUCAUGAUUGCUUAUGCCCUCAUCUAUAAGUGCUUGCCUACAUUGGAGAGAUGGCAGCUGGGGAAGGAUUCUCAAAAGUUAAACACCAAGAGCAUUGUCAAGACAAAGGCUAUUUUGAGAAGAGUGCGUGGUAUUCGAGCAGUGAAGGGAUAUAUCGAAAGCACGCUCAGCAUGCAAGUGCUAUUUGACUCACCAUGGACAGCACGCUCUCUCCGUGAUUUUUGGGGCAGACGAUGGCACACAUUUUACAACGAUUGCUUCUACAGACUCGGCUACAAACCCAUCCGCGCAGCGGUGCAACUCUUUUUCAAUUGCAAGCCUCCUCGCUGGCUCCCGGCUUUAUCUGUGUUUGUCAUGUCUGGCAUCAUGCACGAGUACUUUUUGUACGCAGCCACUGGAUCUUCACUCUAUUUCGGAUCUCCAUUGCCAGCCUGUGGACUCCAAUUUAUGUUUUUUGUCAUUCAGGUCUGCGGCAUCAGCAUUGGCGAUAAAUUCUUCAGCAGAGGAUGGCUAGGCCAGUUGUACACCAUCUUUUGCAUGGCAGUGACAUGUCAUUUAUUUGUGGUACCUUAUGUCUUGACGGGCUACCUGUACAUGGAACGCUUUUCGUUCUACCGUAUUGCAGUAAACUAUCUUCAAGCCAAUCCUAAUUUGUUUGCAGGUAUAUUUUAA